AUGAAUAAUCUGUUAGCAUAUCGCGAGACUCGAAAGUUAGCAAAUUCACAAAAAGUUGAGAUGCCUUUUCAAGGAAGGCCUCUUACAACCCCUACGAAAGUUUUGUAUACUGGUUUACGAAAACUUUGGGAAAGGCAAGAUAUUAUACCUAAUGCCUUUCCCGAUCUUGAAACUAUCGAGACAUUCCUUAUGUGGCAUGCUAGCAAUGCCAAAGGGAGACUCAAUGAAAAGCUUUCUAUCAAAACUCUUUUAUAUAAAGUAGGAAGGUUUGGAUGUAUGUAUGAUGCAGUUUAUCAUUAUAAAAUUCCUGAUACUGUUCUUGAUCUUGCUCGAUAUUAUGUAUCAACAGAUUUGGCAAAGGAGCUAGGUCUCGAAGAUGCUGAGUAUGAUAAAGAGUGUACCGACUGGAUCGAUAUCGAGAUCAUGAUUCUUUACUUGACGGUGCAGGACGAACAUGAAUAUCGCUGUAAUCGCUAUCGAAUGCAACUGGGAUGUAUCUUCAUGUUGAUUGCAGACGAUGGAGAACGAAUUGGUGCAAUCACUAGAUCAGACUCUUAUCGUGAAGGUAAUAUCGCGCUGUGCUAUGGGGAUCUCAAUCUUUUUCUCCUUCCAGCACAAGGCUCGAGCUCAAGCCCUCGAUUCAGAUUGGAAAUCAAAUUUGACAACAGGAAAAACGAAAGGGGAAAGAAGAAUAAAUACAUCGAGCAAUCAUAUUUGUUGAGGGAUGUUCCAGGUACUUGUGUUGUUUCUUGGAUUUUGGCACUUGUAUUCAUGGAUGAUGCAUUGGAACAUUAUUCUACACCUUCUCAAAUAUUUGAGAGGGAGACGUCAAACACAAUGGAGAUCCCAAUCACCUUCAAACAAAGCAAAAUGCACACACCUUUGUUUCGAAGGAUGGAAGGGCCAAAUAAUCGAAAACUUUCCUCUACUCUCGCGAUUUCCAGCAUUUCUGUGACCGCGGAUGCUCAACGUGUCGUUGCAGCGGCGGGAUCUAGACAGCAUUUUACAUUUUACUGUAUUCGGUGUGGAAUGAGCAAUGCUCUUCAUGAUAAGUAUUACGACCAAGAUAAAGACAUACAAGAUCUGCUUGCAUCUAGAAAGAGGUUGAAACGAGAACUUCGAGAUCUACCCAGUCAAAAAGAGAGUACCCGAGCUAAGCUUGCCAUUAUUCGACGUAGCAUUGAGAGGCGAAAGACUUAUAUAAGGAAACAUGGUUUAAGGAAAGUCAGAGAGAAUCAUUUCGAGAACCUAUUGAAACCGUCCCAAUCAAGCGAAAACUCCGAGUCUGAAGUUCCGAUUCCGCCUGUCGUUCGACCUGAACUUUCCAACAUUUUGUAUCCUAAAGUAUUUGAUAGCAAAACUACCUUGCUUGCAAUUGAAGGAUUGAUUGCAUAUUGUACUACUACAAGUACUCUGCAUCAUAAUUCACAAAAAAUGGAAUGGAUUACUUGUGGAAAAGGAGCAUAG